CCAGCACGUCUCCACCUCCAGUCCCCGCCGCGAAAGGCUAUCCAUGCGCGUGGGCGGUCCAGCAUGAUUCUGAAGGAGUGAACGCACAUCCCCCCUCCCUCACGCAUCUUGCGCUGCGCGCUGAGUGCCUUUAUCGCGGUCAGUGCACUUUCCUUCCGGUCCAUCUCAGCUGCCUUGGCCUAUCGGGGCGGUGCCGGACCGAGCCCGUUGUCGCUCGCCCAGUCGGCGGCUGUCAGGUCUUGCCUUGCAAACCAACCUCAGGCACCGACCUAACUAACCUCUCUUACUCUCGCCCUGUCCCUGACACCCAGCCUGCCUCUUUCCCUCCUCGCACCUAAUCCGACAGCCACACACUGACGGCUGCAACUCGGGGCCACCGUUGAGCCCUGCUUUUCCCAUACUCGCUGCGGCUCACUGGCCAACCCACCCUCGUCGCUCCGUCCCUGUCGUCAACUCCUAUCAACCUAAAGCUACGAACCACCCUACCCACCACCCACCUAGGUAACAACCCACCUACGCACCCAUCCAUUUGCCUGUCUAUACAACCGAAUCUGUUCCAUGACGGGCCCGAUCACCUCCUCCGGCCGACGCCCCCGAUCCCGCCUCUUGUAGCCCGCGGGCACCUCACGCAUCCACCAUGGCAGAUCGGAUCUCGUCCAGCUCGGCCAGGCGGGCACGGCCUGGCGAUGACUCGGUCGGCCAGUUCAUCAUCGGCGCCGAGAUCGGCAAGGGCAGCUUUGCCCAGGUCUACAUGGGACGGCACAAGGUCUCGGGCGCCGCCGUGGCCAUCAAGUCUGUCGAGCUGGCCCGGCUUAAUAAGAAGCUCAAGGAGAAUCUGUACGGCGAGAUCAAGAUCCUGAAGACGCUGCGACAUCCUCACAUCGUCGCGCUCCACGACUGCGUCGAGUCGUCGACGCACAUCAACCUUAUGAUGGAGUACUGCGAGCUGGGCGACCUGUCGCUCUUUAUCCGUAAGCGGGAGAAGCUUCUGACGCACCCGGCCACCCACGACAUGGCUCGCAAAUACCCGAGCGCCCUUAACUCGGGUCUGAACGAGGUUGUCAUUCGUCACUUUCUCAAGCAGCUUGCCAGUGCCCUAAAGUUCCUCCGCGAGGGCAACUUUGUUCACCGCGAUGUGAAACCUCAGAACCUGCUGCUGCUGCCGUCGCCCGAGUACCGCGACGUCAACAAGACACUUACUAGGCCUAUCCUGACGGCGAGUCAGGACUCGCUCAUCCCGGCCGCCGGCCUGUUAUCGUUGCCCAUGCUCAAGCUGGCCGACUUCGGCUUCGCCAGGGUGCUGCCCUCCACCUCGCUGGCCGAAACCCUGUGUGGCUCGCCGCUGUACAUGGCUCCAGAAAUCCUCCGCUACGAGAGGUAUGACGCAAAGGCGGACCUCUGGUCCGUCGGUACCGUUCUGUACGAGAUGGUCACGGGCAGGCCCCCAUUUCGCGCGAGCAAUCACGUGGAGUUGCUGCGCAAGAUCGAGGCCGCCGAGGAUGUCAUCAAGUUCCCCCGGGAGACGGUUGCCAGCUCAGAGAUGAAGUCUCUCGUGAGGGCCCUGCUUAAGAGGAGUCCUGUCGAGCGUUUGAGCUUCGAGAACUUUUUUAAUCAUGGCAUCGUGCUUAAUCCCAUCCCCGGCCUUGUCGAGGAUGACGUGCCGAAGCCGGAUCAGAGGACCGCCAAGGACGUGAGGAAGGAGGCGAGGACAGACGAUCCUAUCGCAUCACCCCGCAGGCACUCGUUUCGUCGCUAUCCAACGGACCAAGACCCGGCAAGGGGCGACGAGACCCCGGGCUCGCCGCAAGAGAAAGCUGCGCCUCGCCAGGCAACCGAGACCAGGCGGCAACAGCCAGGCCCCGAGUCGGGUGCGCGAGUCGGCCAUUCGCCAAAGGCCGAGCCGGUGUCGGAGAGCUUGCCCACACGGAGGCCGACCGCCCAGCCGUCAGCGUCUGCUCCAAGCAGGACAGUGUUGCACGGUGAGCGCCGCCGGGGUGCGUCCAACGCCUCGGUGAGCCGGCCGGUCGGCCGCGACUCACCCUCGCCUAGCUCUUCCCUGGUUGCCAACUACGAGCCAUCCAGGGGCGGCGACGCCCGGCGCGGGGGGCAAAGCGAGGAGCAAGAGCGUGCGGCCCAAGAUGUGGCUUUUGAGCGCGACUACGUUGUGGUGGAGAAGAAGCACGUAGAGGUAAAUGCAUUUGCCGACGAGAUGGCAGCAAAUCCUAGACUGGGCGGUAUGAAUGGCGCUCCGGUAUCCCCAAAGUCGGGCCAAAUGGUGCGGAGGCAAACCCAGCAGGGCAAUCCCACCUCGACGACGGGCGCGGUGCCGCCAGCGCCAUCGCGGGCCAUGCAGGUGGCCCAGGGGACGCAGAGGCACCACGGGCACGAACGCCAGGGCUCGCUUUCGGGGAGCCCCGGAUCGACGGCGUCCUUCAUCACCAAGGCUAUCCAGGACGCGAGCCUGAGACUACUAGGUAUCAAGUACCCGGCCGGGCUAGGCAAGGGCGCGUCGGUGUCACCGCCCGAGUUUUAUGCCCCAUACCCCAGCUAUCCCACCCCGGCGCCGCCCAUAGGGCUCAUCGGCGACGGCAGGCAGGUGACCCCGGUCGACGAGGACGCGCGUGUGGUGCAGCUGAUCGAGGAGCAUGCGACACGGAGCGAUGUCGUCUACGGGUUUGCCGAGGUCAAGUACAAGCAGCUCGUGCCGCUCGCGCCCUCGGUCGAGCACGGCCUCGGGGGCGCACCCGUGGCCGACAGGCUCGCGGCGGGCAGCGAAGAGGACGUUCUGACCAUCGAGGCCGUUGUGGCGCUGUCGGAGGAGGCGCUGGUGCUUUACGUCAAGGCGCUGACGCUCCUUGCAAAGUCGAUGGACAUUGCCAGCCUCUGGUGGGCCAGGCGGAGCCGAGGCGAUCAGACGACCAGCAGCAGCGCUCCUUCCUCAGCCGGUGCGCAGAACAUAUCGCUGCGCAUAAAUUCGGCUGUCCAAUGGGUCCGAUCCCGGUUUAACGAGGUGCUGGAGAAGGCCGAGGUUGUGAGGUUGAGGCUGCUCGAGGCACAGAGGCGCCUACCCGACGACCACCCAAGCCACCCGGGCAACCAUCGCCAAGAGGCCGAGGCUGCCAAUAGCGCCAGCACCGAAGGCGUCUUUCUCACGGCGGGUGUGACAGCCGAGAGGCUCAUGUACGACCGCGCAGUGGAGAUGAGCCGGACCGCUGCCAUCAACGAGAUCACCAACGAGGAUCUGGCCGGGUGUGAGAUCUCGUAUGUGACGGCCAUCCGCAUGCUCGAGGCCGUUCUCGAUAACGAGGGCAGCGUGCCUAAGAGGCACACCUCGGGAGUCCUGGGCGAUGCUGGCAGCGUUUCUCAGGAAGAUGGCCAAGUCGAGAUCAACGUCGACGACCAGCAGUCAGUACAGAAGUUGAUCCAGAUGAUCAAGUCACGGCUCUCGUCUGUCCGCAACAAAUCACGCAUGAUCUCAAAUGCAUCCAAGGUUCAGCAGCAACAGCAGAGCCUGGCACGGCGGCGGAGCGGAGACGUUACGCCCCGAAGCGUCCCCUCUUAGCAUAUAUCGAUAACCCCCCCGCUGCUCGUCCCCUUCAUUCUAGCCGUCUUUUUGUCUUCUACGUUAUGAUUCAUGAUCAAAAUACUAGUACGCAGCCAUGCCAACAACCCUUAUAUUGUUAUUAUGGUCAGAGGGAGGCCCCGCGGUCUUUUCCCCUGGCCGUCUGUGAGAUACAGAUAAGAGAACACCCAACCAAACUUGGUGGCAUAUGCUUACUCCAUUUCUCCCUCCCCCCUGCCUCUCUUUAUCUCCCAUUUUCUGGCUUAUGGGUGUUGGAUUCGUUCCUGUUCCAUUUAUAGCUCCCUUUUAUCUCGCCUUGCGUUUUGCGUUGAUCUCCCUUGACGACACAUCUCUGUCCUGUUCAUUCUUUACCUCCUUGUCUCAACGCUUCCUUGUUUUCUUUAUCAGCGUCAUUCUUCUAUCGUCUUGUCGACUCGAAACGGGAGCCCACCUUUCUUUCGUCAUCAUCAUUGUCGGGUUAUCAGUGUACCGAAUCUCCGACCGUGCUCGUACUCGAGGAUAUCUCAUGGCGUGGGGUUUGCGGCACUCUUCUUUCUCUUUUGGAGAAUCAAACAAGAAUGAUCAUCGGCUGGUCAUAUCCGGGAUCCAGACAGGCUAGCACGAUUUCGGCCAUGGUCAGGGCUGUUUGGGGUUUGGCGUUUGGGUUUUUAUACUCUCUUCUCACUUUCUUUCUUAAGCCUUUUCAAGCACAGCCAGAUUGGUCUCGGGAGCGUGCGGUCGGUCGCGAUGCAUUGUAUGGCAUGUGACGACUGGUUUCCUGCUGUAAGAAGACGGCGCGCCAGCGCCGAGUGGUCGGUCUUGUAGGGCCCUGGCAUCAGGGACUGGGCAGCUACGAAAGCCUCGACGGGUCGGGGAGGGAGUGGCGACGGUUCGGCGAGGGUGUGAUUGGGCCCUCAUGCCAAUAUAUAAACUACGUCCCUGGGCGGGCCCUACUGACAGGUAUCUAAUAUGAUGCUAUUCGGCCAACUUGUGUCUGCCUGUGUCGGGUGUUGGCCUGCCCCCAAGUCUGUCCCUACACUGUUACGCCGGCCAUCGCGAUGCCCAACCAGCCGAAUGGAUGUCACGGUAGGCUCAGCUCAACGCCACUUCUCCGUCGGCCAGGCAGCACAAUUCAGCAUCUUCCAUCAUGCGUGCAUAGUAUUGUGUAACCCUUCAAGGUCCAAG